CGCGUUUAAUUCACUCUGUGAGUGAUGAUAUUAUGGAGUAUAAUAUCUAUAACAGCGGAUACAGUGUAGAGCGUUUUCCCCUCACUGUCUGUCCUUGUCCUCCGUUAGUUUCCUCUCCGCGUGUUUCUCCUCUUUUCUCCUCCUCCUGCUCCUCUGACUGAUAAAACCUCUUCCGGCCGCUCUCAGGCACUUUUAUGAGGCUAAAGUCUGGAGAAGCUGCUCUACAGCUCACCCUGAGCUCAGUCCUGCAGAUUCAGACCAGGUUUCCCCUUUAAACCGGUUUAAAACAGCAGCGGUUCUGAACAGAACACACAGCCAUGAAGCUGAUCAUACUGAGCGACUACGACGCAGCCAGCGAGUGGGCAGCCAAAUACAUCCGAAACAGGAUCCUCCGCUUCAGCCCCGCACCUGACAGGUUCUUCACCCUGGGCCUGCCGACAGGGGGUACUCCUCUAGGAUGCUAUAAGAAGCUGAUAGAAUAUUAUAAGAAAGGAGAGAUAUCCUUCCAGUAUGUGAAGACCUUCAAUAUGGACGAGUAUGUUGGAUUGCCUAGAGAUCAUCCGGAAAGCUACCACUCUUUUAUGUGGAAUAACUUUUUCAAGCACAUCGACAUCCGGGCCGAGAACGCCCACAUACUGGACGGCAACGCUCCAGACCUGCAGAAGGAAUGUCAGAGCUUUGAGGAUAAGAUUAAAGCUGCUGGAGGGAUUGAUCUCUUUGUUGGUGGUAUCGGACCUGACGGCCACAUUGCUUUUAAUGAGCCCGGCUCCAGCCUCGUGUCCCGAACCCGAGUGAAGACCUUGGCUAUGGACACCAUCCUGGCCAAUGCUCGAUUCUUUGAUGGAGAUCUGACUAAAGUCCCCACCAUGGCUCUCACUGUAGGCGUUGGUACAGUGAUGGACGCACGAGAGGUGAUGGUCCUCAUCACUGGAGCACACAAAGCGUUUGCCCUGUAUAAGGCCAUAGAAGAAGGCGUGAACCACAUGUGGACGGUCUCAGCCUUCCAGCAGCAUCCUCAGACUGUGUUUGUGUGUGAUGAGGACGCAACCCAGGAGCUGCGGGUCAAGACUGUCAAAUACUUUAAAGGACUGAUGCACGUUCACAAUAAGUUUGUGGAGGAACCAUAGUGUCAGCGGCUGGAAUAAGAAAAAACAGAGGAUGUUUUGGGAAUUUAAAUAGAAGCACUGUUUAAAAAUCACAUUUCCACUUUUAUACUUUAUAUAACAAUUUGUAUGUAGUGUUUUGUACUUGUAAAUACUACAUUUUAAUAAAUUCAAUUGUGAAAUUGAAUAA